UCAUUUAACAAUGUCCCAAAUCAAAUAUUCCACUUUCCAACCAUAUUCAUAUCAACAACCUGCAAGUUCUAUAAGUUCUAAUGUUGAAGUUGACUGUGUUAAUGACAUGUGUUUAGAUAAUGAAUCUGACGAAUGUUUAGAUAAUGAGUCUGGUGAAAAUUUAGAUAAUGAGUCUAGCGAACAUUUAAAUAAUGAGUCACAUGAAUUAGAUAAUGAGUUUGAUGAACAAUCAGAUGUUGGAUUUGACAAACAAGUAGAACUUUAUGAAGGACAAACUUUUCAAACUAUCGAAGAUGCACAUGUUGCAGUUGAGACUUUCACACAUUCAAAUGGAUUUGGAAUUAGAAAAGGCCGUGUUGAAAAAGAUCAAAGCAAUGGUCAUGAAAUUUCAAGAACGUUCCUAUGCCGUCACACUGGAAAGUCGUUAUAUGAAAAAAAAUCAUAUAAAACUGAGGAGUCAGAAUCAUGCCGAACUGAUUGUAAAUGGAAAGUUAACGUAUAUUGGAGCAAGUGUUUAAGUAGAUAUCAUAUAUCCACCUUUACAGAUGUUCAUAUCGGCCAUACUCCUGAUCCAACCACUAUUAAAUUUAUUCCAAAAAACCAUAAACUUACCAAUAAAAUGUUGGAAGAUAUUAAAUACUAUACGAUUGUUGGAAAGCUUAAUGCAA